GGAGAAGUAUAAGACGAUAUGUGUAACACGGGCAUUUUCGCUUAGAUCGUUUCAGUCGUGAGUACAUCUCUGUAACUGUGUAAUGUCUAACAACAUCAUGAGUGCUGAGUCCACUGAACAACGUUUGGACAAUGAUGAAACCGCAUUAACUUCUACAGAAGAUCACGAAAAUAAGGUUGAACCAGCAAAUCAAAAUGUUGAGCAAACAGAAGAGCAGCAGCAGCAGCCUCAGCAGCAGAGGAACAGAUUUAAUAUGUGGGGUAUUGCAAAGACGUUUUUGAUUAGAAUGAUUUUCAUUUAUUUAGUAAGCAGCUACUUCAGACGUUCACCAACUCCUGCUACUGACAGUCGGACAGUCCAAGAACCGUCUUCAAAUGUUUUUCCAAAAGGUUUUCUUAUGGAUAUGUAUGUGUAUGUAUCAGAACAAGAAGUAUUUUCUGAUUUUGACAAUCCCGAAUCAGAAAUUUGGGUCCAAAAGGGUCUGGUUUAUGGAGAUUGGGCAUCUGGAAUAUAUAAGGAUGGUUCUUAUAACAACCAAAGACAACUCGCCUUGUCAGAUGCAGUAUUAAGCAAUGGCUCCAUAUAUAUACAUGUGUACUUCACAAAAUCUGGUUACCCUCCAAACACUAAAGAUGAGUAUGCACAAAGUAUGCGUGCCUAUUCUUCAAGAAAAUUAAAUAAAUACAAGAAAAGAAAAUUCCACGAGACUGUGAAUCUAUUGACUGGAGAAACAGAAGCACAUCCUAACCUUAGAAAGAAAGAAAAUUCUUCAUCAUAUGAAAUUAUAUCUCACUGGCAUCCGAACCUAACUAUUAAUCUUCUUGAUGAUGAUUUUCCUUGGGUUAAAGGGCAGGUUCCUCCGCCCUUGGAUGAAUAUGUUGUUUUUCAACUUGGAUCCAACAAGUACUUCCCGGUAAUCUUCUUCAAUGACUACUGGAACCUCAACAGUGAUUAUGUGCCAAUUAAUCACUCUACAAAGGUUGUGAACCUAACUCUCACUUAUAAACCAAUUUCACUGUUCCGUUGGCAAUUGUAUGCAGCACAAAAUAUGCGUAAUAAGUGGUACAAUGUAUUGGGAUCAAAUUUUGUUGAGGAAGGAGAGGAAGAGCAGGAUUCUGUCAAGAUUGCUUUCUUGGAAACUAAUCCAUACUUACUGGCUAUUACUGUUAUCGUAUCAAUUGUACAUAGUGUAUUUGAAUUCUUGGCAUUUAAGAAUGAUAUUCAGUUUUGGAAAAGUAGAAAAUCUUUAGAAGGACUUUCGGUUCGAUCGGUUUUCUUCAAUGUGUUCCAGUCCGUAGUUGUGGUUCUCUAUGUGUUAGACAAUGAAACUAACCCAAUAGUGAAAAUAAGUGUCAUUAUUGGACUAGCAAUAGAAAUAUGGAAAAUUCAAAAAGUUGUUGAUAUAUCGCUUGACCGUGAAAACAAAAUGUUGGGUUUCAUUCCCAGACCAAUAUUUAAAGAAAAAUCAACAUAUAAAUCAGUAACUAAACAAUAUGAUUUGGUGGCUUUCAAGUAUUUAUCAUGGUGUUUGUUUCCUUUGUUAGUAAUGUAUUCUAUCUACUCAUUAGUAUAUAAUGAACAUAAGGGAUGGUAUUCAUUCUCAUUAAGUAUGUUGUAUGGAUUUUUGCUAACAUUUGGGUUCAUUAUGAUGACACCACAGUUGUUCAUCAACUAUAAGAUGAAAUCAGUUGCACAUCUUCCAUGGCGUAUGCUAACUUACAAAGCAUUAAAUACAUUUAUUGAUGACAUAUUUGCAUUUGUUAUCAAAAUGCCAACACUGUACCGGUUGGGCUGUUUUAGGGACGACAUAGUAUUCUUCAUUUACCUCUACCAACGUUAUAUCUAUCGAGUGGAUCCCCAGCGUCUGAAUGAAUUUGGAACCAGCCAAGAAAUGCUUGAGCCUAAUGGAACUGUGGCUUCAAGAGAUGGUGAAACUGAUUCUACAAGUCCUGAUGAAGGAGCAGAUGACAGCGCUAUCAAAUCAGAUAAGGAAAAGAAAAAUGACUGAGCUGCAGUAAGAACAAUUUCAACACAAACCCAGAAAAGUUCCAAUAUAUUGAAUAUAUAUUCCUACUAUAUAGCAUGGAUAGUGGCCAGAAUGUCUGGAAUGGCUUUGCAUAGUGGUGUGUUGUGAUUCUACAAAUUGGUUAGAUUUAACAAUUGUUUAAAAUUUUCUUCCCUCCCAACUCUCCUUUUAUUCUCUAUAUGCCUCUCUUUCUUUCUCCUUCUUCAAUCCUUAUGUUCUUCAGAAAACACUGCUGACAAACUUUUUUUUAAACAAAUUUUAUUUAUUUAUUUUUAAAUAAAUUUUAUGUCAGUAUGUGGAGUUGUUGUCCUCAGACUCCCUUGUGAAGUGCUGUUUAUUAUUUAUUUAGUUUUUUCUUUCUCUUAUUUUUUUUUUAUAUUGCCAAAUAUCAAAUUUCAUAAUUUUAUCAAAUGAAAAAUAAAAUUGAUAUUUAAUACUAAAUAGAUUUUUUUUUUUCUCUAUGUCAGGAUGUGUGUGUUUUUGCAUGUACCAAUUAAUAAGUUUGUAAUUUUUGAAUCUAUCAUUUUUUAAGUAAAUUAAUUACAUUCUUUUUGUUGUUUUUUUUCUUAAAUGACAUCAUUUUUUUUUUUCUUUUGUUCUUGUUUUCAAUUCACAAAUGUUUUGUUGUUUACUUGUUACUAAGGACCAGUUUACAAUUACUAACAGCAUAACAAAACAUUUAACACUUGUUCAACAUCCAACAUUCAUUGAAUAUGUAAGCCUGGAUAAACUACAACUUGCACUUUGCAAAUCAUGUUUAGAUAUUUUGUUUGCGUGAUGAAAACCUUGAAUAUCUAUCAAUUAUCACACUUUGCCCACCAAUUAUUCCUUAAUAUGAUUGUGCAACUUGGGUGCUUGGUAGAAAUGAUUACGGUUUUACCUGGUUUAGUUGGUUUACCUGACUAGUGUUUUUCUACAGCUUUUUCAAAUUACUUACAUUACCCCACCCCCAUCCCACCCCUCCACCUUCUUUUGGUUAACACCCUUUGCUUUUGCUGUUGUCUUCUGUUUUGGUGAGUUUAUUCUCUUGGGUAGUGUUAUACAGUUUUGUGUUUUUUGAUAACAAUGUAUUAAUAAAAAAAAAUUAAAUCUAUAGGCAGACCAGUUAUUAGUAACAAAUCAUUUUUGUGUAUGGAAACUGCUUAUCUGUGUACCCAUUCUGACAUUAUGCCAUCAAUUUUUUUUUUUUUCUUUUUCUUCUUUUGUAUUUUUUUCUUCUUUUCAAACAUUUUCUUUUGCUAUCCUUCUGGCAAAUAAAAUUAUAUUUAUUGGUAGUAAUUAGCAUAUGUUGUUAAAUAUUAAUGAUUAUUGUUAUUAUUACUACUAGUAUUAAAACUAUUACUAAAUAUUUACCUAGAAAUUUGUAGCAUUGUGCCAAUGUAAGAAAUUGUUGUAGUGGUGGUGGUGGUGGUGGUGGUUGUUUAUAGAACAGUGGAAUGGCAAAAAUGGUAGAGUAUCAAACUAAAUUUGUUAAAGUAUUUAGCUUCAUUCCUUCACAUUGUGAGUUUGAAUCUUCUGGGGUUGACCAAAUAAAGUAUCAGUCAUUGAGAUAUAUAUACAUAUAUAUAUAUAUAUAUAUAUAACAUAAUUCAGUUGGCUAUAUCCCUUGCCUACAAAUUUGUGGCCUUGUGCCGAUGUGAAAAAUCAUCAUGAUUGAAAUCUUUUUAAGAUCAAACAUUCAAAGAUAUUAUGUAUUCUCUCUUUCUCUCUCUUUCUCUCUCUCUCUCUCUCUCUCUCUGCAUUAUUCAAAGAGUCUUUUUUUAUAUUUGACUCAAUAAAUGUUCUUGGUCCAGUAAAAUUGAUCAGUUUGUAUUAAAAAAAUAUGAAAAUAAAAAAACAUUUAAAAUUGGACUCUUCCUAACUUUUAUUUAUUUAGAUUUGUUUUUUGAUUUCUUUUUUUUUUUUAAAGAAAAUUUAUUAUAUGUCAGAUUCAGCAUUAUUCUGAAAUCGUAAAAGGUAAAAAUUUAUUGUGCAGUCUAGUGUUUUCUACAUGAGAACAAUAUAAAGAUAUAUAUAUAAUAUAUAUAUAUAUUUGCUUAUUCAGUUAGCACAGCAUAUAAAACAAUAGUGUUUGUAUACUAAACCAGAAUUUAUUGGCUCUUCCAGUGUACAUGAAUGUGUGUAUGUGUGUAAGAUGUGAAGUUGAUCAUUUAAUGCAUGUAUGUUGGUGUGUGUGUAGGCAUAUAUAUUUAUAUAGGUGUGUGUGUGUGUGUAUAUGUCUGCAUAUAUACGUGUGUGUGUGUGUGUAUAUAUAUAUAUAUGUGUGUGUGUACAUGUAUGUAUAUAUAUAUAUAUAUAUAUAUAUAUAUUAUGGCAUCAAAUUUAUAAAUAGUCUGUAAGUAUAUUAAAACUUUAGAAUUUUUUUCUUUUUUUCUUUCAAAGCCAAAUGUAUGAGUGUCUCUCAAUCUAUCUACCUAUCUGUUUUGUAGUUAACCAAUUCCUUUUUUUAGUUGCAUUUGGACUGUUUAGUUUGGGGUGGGGUAGUAUCUUGUCCUUUAAAUUUUUUGUUUAUUUUCGAUUUUUCUAAAUAACUCUUUUUCUCUCUUUAGUUUCACACAUGCGCAUACAGACAUACACACACUUGUAAAUAUUAGCAGAUGGUUUUUGUGAAAUUGGCUUUGAGUGUGACACAACAGCAUUAAAAAUAAUUUUUAUUUUAAAUAGAUAUUUUACAAGAUAGACUCCAUGAUAUACAUCAACAAAUUUUGAUCAUUUUUUUCUCUAAUGUAUGGUUGUUGUUUUGUUUUUCCUUUUCUUUUGAAAAAUGUUAUUUUUUAUCUUUCCCAUCUGUUUUGAUUAUUUAUUAAGCCAAUAAAAAGAAAUAUAUAAUUCUG